AGACCAUGGCAUUGACAUCCUGGGUCAGCGAGCUGUUCACGGUGCAUGCCGAAUCAGCGACAACGGUGGCGGAGACACCUUCAAAUACCGAGUCUGUGUCGAGCAAGAACGAGGAGGCAGUAGAGGAGACUGAGGAAGCACCAGAAGAGGAGGAAGCAGAAGAAGAGGAAGAAGAGGAGGAGGAAGAAGAAGAAGAAGAAGAAGAAGAGGCAGAAGACGAGAUGCCUGUGAUUCGGGAGCAAUGCGAGGGUUCCAAGGCGUGUGCACCUCUUAAGCACCACUUUGAUGAGUGCCAGGAGCGCGUCAUGAAGGCGUCUGAGGAGGAAGAUCACCACGGCCAUGAAGACUGCACGGAGGAGAUGUUCCACUUGAUGCACUGCGUGGAUGAGUGCUCGGCCAACAAGGUGUUCGCGAAGCUCAAGUAGAGACAGCUAGACUUGGGCUAGAUGUGUACUUGCCUAUAUUUCUUCCUCGUUG